UUUAUUCUAUGACCAUCAUCACCAGCACAAAUGCAAGUUAAUUUCCUCUCUUUACACGCAAAGAUCUGUCUACGUCCAAGUUCCAUACUUUCACAUUCUCCUCCAAAAUCACACUCCAAUGGCGUCACCCAAAACCCCGCCUCUCUUAUUCACCCUCUCUCUCCUCUCCCUCCUCUCUCUAACCUUCUUCUACCUCCACCACACCACUACCACCUCCCCGUCAAAUACCAGAAAUUCCCCCGACACCGCCGCAAAUUCCAUCAAGGUCCACAUCUCGCCCAUCCCCAGAUCCCUCAACCACGGCCUCCUCGAAAAAUAUGGGCCCUAACCUCCGACCACAGGAUCGGAAGCGAGGCGGACAACGAGAUCAGAAUGACCAUUUUGCCCAAACUUCCGCGGAAAUCCUUUCCGUACCCCGAGAACCCCAUAAUCAAACAGUACAGCGCCGAGUACUGGAUCUUGGGUGACCUGUUGGCACCUGAGGAGCUGAAAAGAGAUUCUUUUGCGAGGAGGGUUUUUGAUCCUGAGGAGGCUGAUGUGAUUUUCGUGCCGUUUUUCGCGACUCUGAGUGCUGAGCUGCAGCUGGUCGUGGAUAAAAGCGUGUUUAGGAAGAAGGUCGAGGGGAAUGAGGAUUAUGUGAGGCAGAGAAUGGCGGUGGAUCUUGUUAAGAAGACGGCGGCUUGGAAGAGGUCCGGUGGCCGAGAUCAUGUUUUUGUUCUCACAGGAGGAAAUGUGUUUGGAGAUGAAACUAUUAGAGGGUGUUUUGUAAUUUUGAAAGAUAGAUGGGGUUCUGCGAAGGAUGGUCAUCUAAUUAUAGGCUUUGUUGAGUGUGAAUACCCUGUUGCGAUGUGGCAUGUAAAGGACGAGAUUGCCCCUGCAAUUCUCCUUGUGGUCGAUUUUGGCGGCUGGUACAGGCUCGACUCUAAAACUUCCAACAACAGCAGCUCGUCUGACCUGACGAUACAUCACACUCAGGUUUCUCUGUUGAAAGAUGUCAUAGUCCCAUACACCCAUUUACUCCCGAGACUAGACAUAUCAAAAAACGCGAAACGAGAUACCCUUUUGUAUUUCAAAGGAGCCAAGCAUAGGCACCGGCCUGGAGUCGUUAUAGAAGAAGGCUUCCCAAAUGCCACUGUCAUCGUUAGCGACAAUAUCGAGCUUCCCUUUGAAGGAAUAUUGGAUUAUUCGGAAUUUUCCGUUUUCAUGUCGGUUAGUGAUGCUUUGAGGCCCAGUUGGCUCGUGGGCCAUCUCAGAAGCUAUUCGGGUCAGCAGAAGGAUAAGUUUCGGGAGAAUAUGGCUAAGGUUCAGCCGGUUUUCGAGUAUGCUAAUGGUCAGCCGAAAGGAGUUGGGCCCACUAGUUCGGGUGGGGCAGUGAAUCAUAUUUGGAAGAAGGUUUAUCAGAAGCUUCCGAUGAUUAGGGAAGCUAUCACUCGAGAGAGAAGAAAACUGAUGGGGGUUUCUGUACAAGCUCGCUGUCAUUGUAUUUGA